AUUUAUCGUUACUUCCUAUAUAAACGCACUGUAGUUUUAUUUCCAUAAGCAGCCAUGGCUGAAUGAGAAAUGCCAUUUACUCUCAUGCAUUAUUCUAUGCUGUCUGUAACUGUGCUGUCACACUCCGUUCGUCCGAUGAUUGACAGCAAGCUCAGUUCACUCCCGGUGUUCUAGCGGCUUCCGCCUUGUUACAGUGACGUCACCCCCAGUUCCUGAACGCCACGUCUGAUCCAGGGAGCACUUCCGAGCCGUCACUUCCGCUCCGUACAGCAGGCCCCCGGUGCCUCGAGUCAUGUCGGUGUCUGUGCUGUCCGUCGUGUCCCGCUUCUUGGAGGAGUAUGUCAGCUCCACUCCUCAGCGGCUCAAGCUGCUGGACGCCUACCUGCUGUACAUCCUGCUCACCGGGGCAAUGCAGUUCCUGUACUGCCUGCUGGUGGGGACAUUCCCCUUCAACUCAUUCCUGUCCGGGUUCACCUCCUGCGUGGGCUCAUUCAUUCUGGGCGGUGAGAGGCGCUGUUAAAGCUUAAUUAUGAACAUAUUCCUUCCACACACACCUGUCUGUGCCAUUUGUAGUUGCUGUGCUGUGAUUUAUUUAAAUUGCACACUAUAUAAAAUGACGUGUCUUCCUGCAAAUAGUAUGAUUUACACUGUGCACGUGACAGUGUAAAUGCCAGAUCCACUUUAUUUACCGGGCACACAUCUUAUCUGCCUGAAAGGUGAUUUAUAUUGCAUUAUAUAAUAUGUCCUCCUAGAGGUAACCCAGGCUAGGCAGUUCCUUAUUUGGCCCUGCUGCAAGCAUCACUUUUUAUGUCCUGUCACAUGAAGUGUGAAAUGUGUCCAGAAUCAUAUGAAUUAAAUAAACUGUAUUGCCAUCAUAGCAACUUCAGUGAAGCAGCAAUAAGUCGGUCAGGAUCUACCGAUUUGGUUUAGAGAGUUUUCUGACCGCUCUAGCAAAUCAGCGGCGCACUUGUCAGGCUGCACUCUGUGCUUCCUGAAACUUGAUCGAAGAAGCUGCUGGGGAAAGGGAGAUCUGGAGAACAACCUUUGGGGUAAGCCAUUCUAGAACAAACAUCCAGAAGCCAGGACAAAAUUCCUAGUCGCCAUGUCGACCUGGAAUUUUGUCCUGGCGCCUGUGUGUGUUUGACAUCCCUUUUACCCACUUCCCUGCUGUGAGCAAUGGAGGCAGCUGGUUAAGUGAGAAUAGAGGCGGCAGCAAGGGAGCUGUCAUCUUCCUGCUCUUUUUGCUCUGCUCCCUCAUGCUGUCUGGUAUGAUGGAAUAUGACUUUACUCUGGCCCGCUAAACAGCGUGCAUGUAAGCAGAGCAGGAAAAUGACAGCAGCCCCACUGGACCCCAGGGAAAAAUAAUAAUAAUAAUAAUUUGCAAGUGUGUGAGAGAAUGUGUGUGUGAUCUGUUUAUGUGUAAAUUUAAAGGAACACUUUUGUGUCAGGAAUACAAACAUGUAUUUCUGAUACUAUAGUGUUAAACUAACUAGGUGACCUGACUGCCUCCAAUUGCCUGGGAAAGGUAUUUUUACUCACUUUUUUCCCCACACUGCGCCGGUUUCGUCGCAGCUGGCCCAGCCUCUAUUGCUGAGAUCAUCAAUAUUGAUGAUCUUCGCUAAUACAAUGCUUUCACACAUGAAAGCAUUGGGAGGCUAUUGCACAUGUGCAGCUUUGCACCAAUUCUCAUCUCAUACAGAUUCAUUAAAUCGAUGCAUCUCUAUUGGGAACAUUCAGCUCCUCCAUGCAGAGCGUGGAAACGCUGAAUGUAGGUGCUGCACACUAGACUAGGAAGCACAUCUAGUGGCCUUCAGUGUGACUGCCACUAGAGGUGUUACUAGGCAACAAGGUAAGCACUGCCUUUUCUCUGUUGAUAUUAACCCCUUAAAUCCGGAGGGCGUACUAUUACGCCCUGCAGGAGCCGGCUCUAAACGCCGGCGGGCGUAAUAGUACGCCCUCGCUAUAAUGGCCGCCCACGUGGCCGGCGCUAAUCGCCCGCUGCAGAUCGCGGUCGGGGGGGAUGCCUGGCCCCCCAGACAACCCCCCCUGUGGCCGGUGACCGCGAUCUGCAGUAUCUGAUCGCAGUGACAGGCUGUAACUGCGAUCAGUAUUUAACUUGUGUCAGCCGAUUUCAAAUCGGCUGACACACGUGGCCGGCAGCUUUCUGCUAUGCAGAUCGCGGUCGGGGGACUUACCUGGCCCCCCAGGCAGUCCCCCUGGGGUCAGUGACCGCGAUCUGCUAAGUCUGAGAUCGCAGUGACAGCCUGUCACUGCGAUCUCAGAGCGCUCUGAUCGCAGUGACAGCCUGUCACUGCGAUCAGUGUUACAUGUGUCAGCCUAAUGGCUGACACAUGGAACAGGCGCUAUGGUCCCCCUGCAGAUUGGUAGGGGGGAGUGCUUGUACCACCCAGGCACUCCCCCCUGUGGUCAAUUACCCAAUCUGCAGGAGGUGAUCACAGUGACAGGCAGUCACUGUGAUCACUGAUCCUGUGUGUCAGCCAGUGAUGUAAAAUCACUGGCUGACACUGUCUCUGCCCCCUCUCCUGUAAUAAAAAUAAAAUAUUAGUUAAAAAAAAAAAAUUACAGUUAAAUAUAAAAUAUACUUAGAUCAUAUAUAUUAUAUAUAUAUAUGAUCUAAGUAUAUAUAUACACAUACACACACACACACACAUUUACACAUACACGAAGUGUAUUUAAAUAUUAAUAUAUAUAAUUAUUUAUAUAUAUAUUACUAUCAAAUUACACGUAGACUAAUACUGAUUAAAUAUAUAUAUAUAUAUAUAUAAUUAUUGUUAUAUACAUAUAUUUAUAUAUAAUAUAAAAAAAUGUAAAUACGUAAAAAAAAUAAAAUUAAAAAAAUAAUUAAAAAUAAAUAAUAAAAAAAUAUAUAGAUGUUUGUUAUUUCGUUCUAACUGUUUUGUGAUAUUAAUAUAUAUAUAUAUAUAUUUAUAUCAAAAUACACGUAGAACGAAAUAAUAUAUAUAUAUAUAUCUAUAUACAUAAAUAUAUACAUAUAUAUCACUAAAUAUAUACACCUAUAUAUAAAUAAAAAUAUUUAAAAAAAUUAUAUAUAUAUAUAUGUAUAUAUACACAUAUGUAUAUAUAUAUACAUAUAUUAAUUCUACACAUAUAUUUAUGUAAUAUUUUUACAUAAUUAGGUAUCCUAAUUAAUUACAAUUAGCGGGACCUGCCUGACAACCCAUGCUGAAAGUAUAGGGAAUUUAAUUUGCUAGCACUAUAUUUAACCCUAUAACUUUCCAAGACACCAUAAAACCUGUAAAUGGGGGGUACUGUUUUACUCGGGAGACUUCGCUGAACACAAAUAUUAGUGUUUCAAAACCGUAAAAUGUAUUACAACGAUGAUAUUGCCAGUAAAAGUGAAGUUUUUUGCAUUUUUCACGCACAAACAGCACUUACACAGACGAUAUUAUUGCUGCAAUACUUUUUACUGUUUUGAAACACAAAUAUUUGUGUUCAGCGAAGUCUCCCGAGUACAACAGUACCCCUCAUGUACAGGUUUUAUGGUGUUUUCAAAAGUUACAGCGUCAAAUAUAAGGCUUGUGUUUUCAUUUUUUUCACAUAAAAAUUCGCCAGAAUGCUUACGUUGCCUUUGUGACCCUAUGGUAGCCCAAGAAUGAAAAUUACCCCUAUGAUGGCAUACCAUUUGCAAUAGUAGACAACCCAAGGUAUUGCAAACAGGGUAUGUCCAGUCUUUUUUAGUAGCCACUUAGUCACAAACACUGGCCAAAAUUGGUGUUUUUUUGCAUUUUUCACACAAAUACUAACGCUAACUUUGGCCAGUGUUUGUGACCAAAUGGCUACUAAAAAAGACUAGACAUACCCCAUUUGCAAUACCUUGGGUUGUCUACUAUUGCAAAUGGUAUGCCAUUAGGGGUGUAAAUUUCAUUCCUGGCUACUAUAAAAUCCCAAAGGCAACGUAACCAAUCUGGCGAAUUUCAAUUUCAAAUGUAACAUGCUAUAUUUGACCCUGUAACUUCCCAAAACGCCAUAAAACCUGUACAUAGGGGGUACUGUUACACGUGAGACUUUGCUGAAUACAAAUGUGUAUUUUAUUUCAGUAAAAGCAAACAGUAUUAUGACAUUGACAGUUAAAAUGUCAAGCAAAAGAAAGUAGAGAGAGAGCCAGAUCAAAGGUACACUUUUAAGGAACGGGGGGUAACCCCAAAUCUAACAUAGCAAGAAAAACAAAAAGUGUACCUGCAUGUAAUCAAUGUAAGAUAAAGAACAAAAUAAAUUCGAUAAUAAGUAUGUCAGUCUCAGACAGAUAUGCUGAGAAGAUAUACUAUUAGGCAAAGUAUACCACUGAUAUAUGAUAAAAAAAAAAAAGAAAAUAAACAAUUUUUUAUUGACUAGUAUAAAAAAAUUUUAUGUACACUAGCACGUUUUGGUUUUAAUACUAGUCAAUAAAAUUUGUUUAUUAUUUUCUUUUUUUAUCAUAUAUCAUUGGUAUACUUUGACUAAUAGUAUAUCUUCUCAGCAUAUCUGUCUGAGACUGACAUACUUAUUAUCGAACUUAUUUUGUUCUUUAUCUUACAUUGAUUACAUGCAGGUACACUUUUUGUUUUUCUUGCUAUGUUAAAAUGUCAUGUAGAACUAAAAAAAAAAAUUAAAAAAUUCUUAUUUUCUCCCUUUUUUUUAUAUUAAAUUAUGUUUCAUAGCUAAAUAUUUGAUAUUAAAUAAAAGCCCUGUUUCCCCUGAAUAAAAUGAUAUAUAAUAAGGGUGGGUGCAUUUAAUAUGAAAGAGGUGAAUUACGGUUGGACAGACAUGUAGCGCAAAUGCCAGGUUUUGUUUACAUUUUGUUUCGUUCACAACGUGUACAUUUGGCUCCGUCCUUAAGGGGUUAAAAAGCCUGCAGGAACAGACUAUAGACACUAGGGCUACUAGUUUAAGCUGUAGUGAAUUUGGUGUCUAUAGUUUCCCUUUAAGAUGUCAUGUUUGUACUGAACAAAAAACUGGCUACUAACUUUUUUAGCUGGCCC